UAACACAACAGCGUGGUGAAUGAAUUUCGGGGUAUCUCCUCCUACUUCUCUGGCGUCACGUUCUCUCCUCUACAAAAGCUACAUGGAGACACUGAAACGACCGGCCACGAACAGCGGCGGUUGUCCUCGGUGUCGGCGAAAGGGCUAAACGGAGGCGAAAUGAGGGCUUUCGGUUUGGCUUUCAGGUCCGCGAGCAGCCUGGUUGCCCGGCAACAACCCCGGAGGGCGACGUGCUCUUCCGCAUCGGCCAGUAGAAAGAACGAGCCAGGAUUCGGCUUGCUGUUCGACAUCGAUGGAGUAUUGGUGCGAGGAAAGACGCCUAUCCCUGCAGCCAAAAAGGCUUUUCACAAGCUGGUGGACUCAAACGGCCAGUUCAUCGUUCCUGUGGUGUUCGUCACAAAUGCUGGGAACUGUCUGCGGCAAAAGAAAGCCGAUCAGCUGUCUCACAUACUGGGGGUUCCUAUCUCCCAAGAUCAAGUCAUGAUGUCUCAUAGUCCUCUGAGAAUGUUCAGGAAAUAUCAUGACAAGUGUGUGCUGGUAUCAGGCCAAGGCCCAGUGCUGGACAUUGCAAAAAACUUGGGCUUUACCAAAGUGGUCAGUAUCGAUAUGGUAAGAGAAUCAUUCCCCCUGCUGGACAUGGUGGACCAUAACCGACGACCCAAAGUGCCGUCCUCACCUAUUGUGAACCUCCCUAAGGUUGAAGCUGUGAUCCUCUUUGGAGAGCCAGUUAGAUGGGAGACCAACCUGCAGCUAAUUAUCGAUAUCUUACUGACCGGUGGGAAUCUGACUAAUGUGUAUGAAACAUCCCACUCCUCCCACCUGCCUCUCUUAGCAUGUAACAUGGACCUCAUGUGGAUGGCAGAAGCCCAGGCUCCAAGAUUUGGUCACGGCACAUUCAUGGUGUGCCUGGAGAACAUCUACAAGAAGAUCACAGGCCGGGAGUUGAAGUAUGAGGCCCUGAUGGGGAAACCCAGUGAGCUGACUUAUCAUUACGCUGAGUAUCUGAUCAGAACACAGGCUGCAGAGAGAGGCUGGAGAUCACCAAUUACAUCGCUCUACGCUGUCGGGGACAACCUCAUGACUGACAUCUACGGUGCCAAUCUCUACAACCGCUACCUCGAGGAACGGCUAAGCAGGAAGAGCGGCAAAGCCAUGCAGCAAGCUCUGGCGGGCACAGGAGCGGCAGUGUCUCAGGACAUGGACACGGACAACGACUGGGAGAGCGAAUUAGCGUCUCCUUCUGCCACAUCCUGCAAGUCCAUCCUGGUAUGUACAGGCGUGUAUAACCCACACACCGAGCUGCUCCAAGACCCUAACCAGUGCAUCAAAGAGACUGUGUUCCACGGACACCGCGACUUCCACUUCGACCCCGCACUGAUCGAGCCGGGCAACGUCGUCCAGGACGUCCACGCUGCUGUCGAACUUAUUUUUGAAAUGGAAAAAUUCACAGCGGAGGUUUAGUCACCUAAAAACACUGAAUACUAGACCGUUAAGCUUCUACUCUGUAUUUCAGUAAAUAUCUCAUAGUAAGGACAGGAGGUGAUGAAUAUGUCCAUAAAGCACAAUGCUAAGACACUGUGGUAUUUUAGACACAUAUACCAGAUAAACAGAGAUGAUAAAAGGCUUACAGGACUGUAACGACACUUCAGGACCAACGAAUUAGAUAUCUUUUCCUUUGUUCGUGUGUUUUUCAACACAGCGUGACUAAGGAAAUUGUCUGUUUUCUUAUUUUACAAUAUGUUACUGAAAAACCUUUUUUUUAAAUGGCCAACAUUAUCAUUUCUGUUAUAACGUUUAAGAGUAAAUGAGCCAAACAUCAAAUCAAACAGGUAAGGUCUUCACGUUUAUUUUAUUUAAAGGACAUUUCCUUUAUUUUAUUUUUUUUCAAAUUUAGGAAAUAUUUUAAUCCAGAGAAAAUUAUUAUUAUUAUUAUUAUUAUUAUUAUUAUUAAACCAACAUUUGUUCAAGAAAUGUCUGUUUUUAAAUUGACCAUUACAAACAGCCACAUUCAUCUUUUGUUUUUUAAGCUGGAAUUUCUAUUGAUGUACUGUUAAGCUCCUGAGGUUUUACAUUAUUUGUAUUUCAUUUAUUAAGUUAUUGUUACAUUUCUGCACUACUGUUUGGUCAGUUGAGGCUGCCGAUCUGUCCUGUGUCUGUGGCCUGUCCGAGCACACCACCACUGAAUUAUUCCGCCUUUCUUUCACAGUGCCUUACAGAGCUAUGAGACUUGUUCUAUAUGUCGUGCACAUUGUACAGGCAUGAAAAACUAUGAAUUAUAUCGAAUCCAUUAGAUUUCUUAUACGUGGUGUUAAUCCUAUAGAUUUGAAUCGAACCUCAAGACAAUUGACCUCAUAGCUAAAUAUUCACUAAAGGCACACAGAAAGAAAGUGCUCCCACUUGAAACAGGACUGCAUGUGCGAUGUCUUUCUUUUCUCUUCGAAACUGUGUAAGGUGUUAAGAAAAAUGAAAUGGUAAUAAAGUGUAAUAAAAUGUCUCUCUCACUCAAAGCAUAAAGUCUCAG